CAGCCUCCAGCUCCAUGAUGUGGGAAUUGCGAUCCAUAGCCUUCACCCGGGCUGUCUUUGCAGAGUUCCUGGCAACGUUGGUCUUCAUCCUCUUCGGCCUGGGCUCUGCUCUGAACUGGCCCUCAGCUUCCUCCCCGAGCAUCCUACAGAUCGCACUGGCUUUCGGCUUGGCCAUCGGGACGCUGGUCCAAGCCUUGGGGCACAUCAGUGGAGCCCACAUCAACCCAGCGGUGACUGUGGCUUGUCUCAUCGGCUCCCAGGUCUCCUUCCUCCGUGCAGUCUUCUACGUGGUGGCCCAGCUGCUGGGGGCUGUGGUGGGGGCUGCAAUCCUACAUGAGAUCACCCCAGCAGACUCCCGGGAAGGGUUGGCCAUCAACAAGCUGCACAAUGAGACAACGACGGGGCAGGCAGUGACCGUCGAGCUCUUCCUCACCUUCCAGCUCGUCCUGUGCAUCUUUGCUUCCACGGAUGAACGCCGGGAGGACAACCUGGGCUCUCCUGCUCUCUCCAUUGGCCUCUCUGUUGCUGUGGGACAUCUCCUUGGGAUCCGUUACACUGGCUGCUCCAUGAACCCAGCCAGGUCUUUUGCCCCUGCUGUGAUAGUCGGAGACUUCAGCGACCACUGGGUGUUCUGGGUGGGCCCCUUGGUUGGGGCAGCCGCAGCCUCCAUCAUCUACAACUACAUCCUGUGCCCACAAGCCAAGACCUUCUCGGAGAGACUUGCCAUCUUCAAGGGCUUGGAGCCCGAGGAGGACUGGGCAGAGCGCGAGGUCCGGCGGCGGCAGUCGGUGGAGCUGCACUCCCCACAGAGCCUGCCCAGGGGGAUGUCCGAGAAGGUUUAGCCCAAGCAUCCCUGCAGGAUGAGAGAGGAGCCAGGGA